GAUGGCUUUAGGAUCUUCAAAGUAGAAACCCACGGAACAAAUGGUUUGAAGAUCAGUUGCAACGACGAGUUGCUGAUCACUUUCGAACCUUCCAACGCAGUGUGCACGGGGUGGUCCGCGUUUUGGAGAGAUACGUGGGGAAAAAACAAAGAGGUGAUAAACUUUAGCUUUGACAAAGGAGUAACGGAGUACAAAUUCUCAAGUACGGAAUCCGAAGGCAACGGUAAUUCCGAUGGUGGGUCCUCUUCCAGAAGUAAUUGUUGCUGUGGAAGAUGGGGAUGAUAAUAGUAUUCCAGUUUCAGAUCAAUGGAAGGACAAACCGUUCAUGGGAGAUAUUGACAUUCCCGAAGGAGCGGAUGUUUAUAUGAAGACUGAUCUGGCGAUUGGAGAUGGCAAAGAUUUGAGAAUCAACUAUGAAAACAAUGCCGGUGACUCGACAGGGGGUUUCAAAUUAACGUUCUCAGAUCCACCAAAAUAUGGUUUCCUUAAGUGUACGCAUUUAACCGAAGCAAAUUUAGACCUUCCUGUUGAUUUGCCCGCUAAAGAUGAUGAUGGCUUUAGGAUCUUCAAAGUAGAAACCCACGGAACAAAUGGUUUGAAGAUCAGUUGCAACGACGAGUUGCUGAUCACUUUCGAACCUUCCAACGCAGUGUGCACGGGGUGGUCCGCGUUUUGGAGAGAUACGUGGGGAAAAAACAAAGAGGUGAUAAACUUUAGCUUUGACAAAGGAGUAACAGAGUACAAAUUUGCGGUACAAAGUGUGGAAUCCGAAGGAAACACUGCCAGUUCGCGAUCUAGAUCUGCUUAUCAAUACAUAGCUGCAAUCUUCGUCUGUUACAUGAUGCUCUUCUAGUUAUGGACGAACCGCACAAAAAGUUCUGAUUACAGCAUAGACUUUUAAAUUUCCAUUUUGCAUACUAGUUAGGGACAGUACAGAGUGUCCGAUUAGAAGUUGUCAAUGUUCGCGAGCUUGAUCUGUGGUACUACUCUCAGGGCCCAGGGGUGGUCACAUCUUAUUACUAUUAGCUAUGGACGAUUGAGUUACACUUUGACUUUUCUUUAAAUACUUCUGUUUAAAUGUUUCAAUGUUCAAAUUGUCGAUGUAGAUUGUAGAUUGUAAUUUUAUUUCAAGUCAGGCUCCUGUCAGUUACAUUAGAACCACUAUCUGCAUUAAAUUUAAUCAUAAUGAAUCCUUAUACCUUAGAACCGCUAUCACCUUAGAACCACUAUCUGCAUUAAUCAUAAUGGGGCCUUUACCUUCCUGAUUUUAUGAUCCGGGUAUUUUAUAUCCGGAAUUUUAUGAUUCGUGACUUUAUGAUCCUGAUUUUAUUAUCCGUUCUGAUUUGAACAUUUAAUAUGGUCGUUAAUAAGCGGUAAUACCGAGAACCUAGCUCUUUAAAUUUAAUCAGUAAGGAACCUCCCAAGGAGUUAGCACCUUUAUGGUCACGGAAAAGCCCCUCUAGCAUCUAAAUUAAAGUUAAAUUAUUGGUAUUUUAUGCAUCACGGCUGAUUAACUUUAAAUGGUAUUGACCGGUAUUUCGAAUCAGUCGGACUCUUUUUAUAAUUGAUAUAAUAGUAUUGUGAACUGCAGAUCGAUUCAUCCUGCAGGAAUUGUAAUCAAACUUUCUCGUGCAGUAAUUUAGAUUUAUGAAGCAUGAAGUUUAUCAAAGCCUGAGAGCCCGUAACGGGAAAAAUAAAAGGUUUCAGAUUUGAUCGAGCUGAUAUUGUUUGAGUGCACGGAAACAUGAUUCUUAAUUGGAAGCCGUUGCAGCAAGUUUAGCGCGAAGAACGCGGAAUGUAAAAGUAUAUUUGUGUGUUUUGGCCCAGAGUACAGUACUGUACCGAACUAUUUCGUGUGAACAUAAUCUUGUCUUGAUCGAACUCACUUUAAGUUUAGUAACGCUCCCCUAAAAUCGCUCGCCCAAAUUUUAAGAAAAUUCUUGUGAAAAGGCCUUGAGGAUAUGAAAGUACUUUUGUUCAGUGUAUAUUUGGACGCUGAUUCUAAACCACCCCCAUAUGAAGUAAAAAUGCUUCCCUGAGAGUUAUGGGCAAAAACUGUUUUGGUCACGUGACAGGCUAGUUAAACACGAAUUCGAUUGUUUAGGGCUCGGGUUAGGGUUAGGGUUGUGUAGUGGUUAGGGUUAGGGUUGUGUAGUGGUUAGGGUUGUGGAUAGCUUUGGGGUUAUGCCUAUGGUUAGUAUAGGGUUAGCUUAGAGUUGGGAUCAGGGUUUAUGUAAAACCCUUUUGUUCGGCUGAAAAAUCUUAAAAACCAAAGACACGUGAUAAUUUUUGGGCGAGCGAAUUAGUAAAAGCCCUUUUAUAGUUAAUACUUUAAUAGUUAGCAUGU